UUCUGGCUCCCACAGUUAGCCAACAUUCGGUGAGUACCAAAACAUAAACAAAGUGUAAUUGGCCCAUCAAUAAUUGAGUUUUUUGGUCAGGCGACGAAAUACUGAUUAUUUCUAGAUCAUAGUGAGAAUGGAUUACAAUAUCAGCAGAUUAUGUCGCGUUUGUUUGGAAGAAGGUGUUUUCACAUCUAUAUUCAAUACGGAUUUGGUAGCGAUGGCUCCCGCAGACAUGUUGGUGAUGUGCGCUAAUAUAAAGGUAUCAAAAAAUGAUGGUCUUCCAACCACAAUAUGCAACAAUUGCAUGUACCGUUUGGGAGUUGCAUUUCACCUCAAACAACAGUGUGAAAAUUCCGAUAUGAGACUGAGACAGUACAUUGGAUUGAUGACCGGAGUCUAUUCCAAUGCCCUGGACAAGGAAACGAUGACUGAUGAUUCAUGGUUGCUCGCAGCGAAGAAGUCUGAUGAAGGAGAACAUAAAGUACCGAAAAAGAAGAAAAGUGGGCGCAGCAGAUACAAACCCAAACCACCGGAAGACCGCAAAAAGCGUGGUCCGAAACCUGUACCAAAGAUUCCACAAACUUGUUAUCAAUGCCAUAAAACGUUCAAAUGUGCAGCACAGUUGCAGAUGCAUUUAAGAACUCACAGUGGAGAGAAACCUUUCGCUUGCAGUUACUGCUCCAGACGGUUCGCCCAGAAGCACAAUUUGUCUAUUCACAUACGAACGCAUACAGGAGAAAAACCAUAUCAGUGUGAAAUAUGUAGCAGGCAGUUCUCUGCGUUGGGAAAUUUCCAUGCCCACAAGAAAAUCCAUUCCAAUCAAAGGGAUCACAUGUGUCCAUCAUGCAAUAAAACUUUCAUCACAUCCGGUGACCUAGCCCGUCACAUGGUAUCUCAUUCUGGAAUCAAAAACUAUCACUGUGACAUUUGUGCCAAAAGCUUCGGUCGGAAUCGGGACAUGGUGGUGCACAAGAAAAAAGUUCAUCUAAACGACCGUACCGCUGAAAACUACAAGUGCAACGAAUGCCAUAAGGUUUUCACAUCCGUCGAAAGCUUUAACAAUCACAUGCGUAUUCAUAAUACAAUGCCAUCAUCGGCAGCACUGAUGUCAGCACCUCCACCCCAAACACAACCGCAAAUACAACAGCCAAUUGCGCUCGCACCACAUCACAGUCUGGCUCCAGCCCCAUUGGGAGUUGGUCUCGGAAUGCUGCCUCACACGCAUACCCAAAGCACAUAUCAUACUCAGAUGCAUCCUGCACAACGGUUGCAUCCCUAUUAAACAUCAAAGUUAGCAAUCAUAUUUAUUUUUCGGAUUGAAUAAAAAGCAUUUGUGUGAUUUUUCAUAUAAUAACAAUAAGG